UAGUUGUCAAAAUAGAGCGCGUGGAUUUCUUUCGUUUUAUAGACGCUAUUUAGCCGUGAAAUAGUAGCUAUAAUGAAGAAAAAGACACUCAACUACAUUCAAUUCACCAAAAGUGAACUGGAUGAGUACACGCGCAACAAGAAUUCUUGCGUGGAGCAGGUGAAUAACUCAAUGCACAUCAGCUUCCCUCCUUGGGGCAUGGAUAACUUCAAAGACACCCUCCUGAACGCCGUGGCUGCGAAGAAGAUCGGGCACUUCGAUGAGGAACUGAACGGAAUUGUGCUGGAUGUGAGGAAUAUCAAGCUGGAGGGAGAAAUGAGUCUGCUGCGCUACGACACUCCUGAACUUCACCUCACAAUCCGAGCGGAUUUCUACGUCUUCCGGCCGCAGAUCGGCGUCACUCUGAAGGGGAUUGUGAAGCAUGUGUCCCAGAGGCACGUCUCUGUGCUCAUUUACCGCGUCUUCAACGUGUCCAUUAGGCUGCAGGGUGGCAAGAGAAUGCGGAUGCUUUUGGGUGAUGAGAUUGCGUUCAAGGUGAAGAAGUUCGAUCUACAAAAUAUCCUGCCCUACAUUGAGGGCGAAUUAGUGGAGCCGGAAGGUGUGGAUAGUGGUGUCAGCACUUCGGAGGAGAAAAUUGAACUACCAACCAGAAAGGUGAACUUCUCGUCAGACUCUGAAUCAGAAAGUGAGACGGAAUUCAAGUCAAUUGUUGUGAAGAAUGAAGCAAACAAAUCCACUAAAUCUUCAACUCCUGGCACGGACAGUUCCUCAUCUGAGAGUGAUGAGGACGAGCCACCGUCUGCGCCAAUUGUUGUGAAGAAUGAAGUUUCCAAGCGUACCAAGUCUUCAACUCCAGAUUCGGAUAGUUCCUCAUCCGAGAGUGAUGAGAAAGCGCCACCGCCUAAGCCAAUUAACGUGAAAAAGGAAAAGGUGAAGAAGGAGCAGUUGAAGAAAGCUCCCAGAUCUAAGUUCGAAUCCCUACCAUCAGACUCUGACGACUCUGGGAAUGAGACUCAUCGUAAAAAGAUUGCUGAAGUUGCGGGAAGUUUGAUGCAGAAGAUGGAAAAGGCACAGUCACCGGAAAAAAUUGCCUUCUCGAAGAUGCCUGAAUCGCCAAGCAAGCGAAAGAAAACAUCAGUCACGGUGAAGCAAGAAGAACUGGAUGGAGACUUGAGAUUGCCACCAAUCAACAAUCAAAUCAGAGAACUCAUUAGCAGAUAUUCGCAGAGCAGUGACACUGACACAAGUGCGAGUGGAUCAUCGCGAAAGAAGAAAAAGGUAAAGACUGUCGCCAAAAGACAGUCAAGCCCAGAAUCUUCAACUGUUGCGGAAAAGAAAAAGGCGCGUCCUUCAACGCCAAUGAAGACUACACAACCAGCAGAUUCAGACUCAGACUCAGAUGAGGACUUUGACAUGCGUCUGGACAUGAACAGUUCCAUUACUCAGCUGCUGAAUAAGCUGAAGCAUGAUAAUGUGGAAUCAGAUACUUCAAUGAAGAGAAGUGACACGCCCAAAAGAGCACCGGAGCCCAAGAAGAAGAAAUCUAAGAAGCAAUAGUGAUUCCCACUCUCAUUGUGGAGCGGGAGGUUUUUAAAUAAAAAUGACGGGACUCACCUUAGC